AUGGUCCUAGGCUACGCGGCCUUGUCACGUCCUUUCUCGUAUCGACCAGCUGCUGACGACGUGGCGGGCUCCUCCGCUCUUGACUCAGCAAAGACGUAUCAUGGACGCAUCUCCGGUUCUUCGGGACGUUCUCGGGACUCCGAGGUCUCCUCCUCGCAUGGUCCUUCGGAUGUCGAUAUUACUCGCCAUGGGCGCCAUGGCUGCCGCCAACAUUCACAGAAGCAUCAUGCUCCUAUCUUUCACAUUCACAUACUUUUCCACCACCAGCGACAGUUUUUCUCCUAA